CAAUCGCAAAUUCACCACGACUAGAAAACGCGGUGCAGGUUUCCUCUUAUAUUUUUAGUAAAUUUAAUAUUUAGUGCUUUAUAAAUAUAAAGUUAGAUAAUUUUUUUAAAUACGCUUAACUAUGCCUAUGAUAGUAAUAUCUGGUUUACCGUCCAGCGGUAAAACAACUCGUGCUAAAGAGCUGCAAAAAUUUUUCUCUGAUAAAGGCAAGAAGGUGCACUUCAUCUCAGAGAAUAUUUCGAUAGCCAAUGCAGGUUUUGCAAAAAAUGAAUAUUUCGCAGAUUCUCAAAAGGAAAAGCAAGUGCGUAGCGAUAUCAAGUCCGAAGCGCUACGAUUGCUUAAUAAGGACGACGUAGUAGUGGUGGAUGCUGGCAAUUACAUAAAAGGCUAUCGCUAUGAGCUUUUCUGUGCAACAAAAGCUGCACGCAGUACGCAAUGCACACUUUUCUGCGGCAUACAAGAGGCGCGUGCCUGGGAGUUCAAUCAACAACGAACAGGUGAAGAUUUGGUGCCAAGCGGCACAAACAAUAUUACAGACAACUCUAAUAUGCCUUAUACGCGCGAAAUUUUCGAUGCGCUGUGUAUGCGUUUUGAAGAGCCACACGGCAAUUGUCGUUGGGAUAGUCCACUAUUUGUAGUGUUUCCAGACGAUAUACUUGAACUUGAAGCCAUCCAUGGUGCGCUCUAUGAAUCAAAACCAUUACCCCCGAAUCAAAGCACGCAGAAUCCGCCACUAAGUGCUACGAAUUACCUCUUUGAGCUGGACAAGUUAACGCAACAAAUUAUAGCGGACGUGUUGGCUGCGCGUAAAAUCGGUAAUACAGGUCCCGUGCCGGUCAAAGGUAGUCAGGUGAAAGUGGAAGUGCCGGCAGGCGUGAAUGCUAUACAGCUUAAUCGUUUGCGUAGACAAUUUCUCAAUUAUACCAAAUUGCACCAUGCCACCACAAGCACUUUAGAUAAAGUGCCGCAAUUAUUCGUGCAGUUCCUCAACUCUAAUUGUAAUGAAUAGCGUAUGUGAUUUAAAUAAAUCAUAAAAUUUUUAUUGUGUAUAGGAAGUAUGACAUUUAGUAAUUGACAGCACUGUUACGUAUAUUUAUGUUUACAUUAUGAUUUUAUAUCCCCAUUUUGACAAAACCACUUUAACAAUAAAAACAAAUACGUUUUUUACGCGGAAA